UGGACAACAACAACCAAAAGGAACACAAUCAACAAUCAGCUCCAACAACUUCUCUUUAGUAGUGCUCGUGCCAUUUGGAGUCCUUACCUUUGUGUGCGCGCGCCUCUUGAGUUUCUCUCCAAACAGGUUUGACCAGGACACACCUGCAGGGAGUACAAGAAAGCCUUGUGCACUCGGACGCCAUUCUUCACUCUAUCUUUGACCUCUGAGGACAACAGACGGAUAGAAAGCAGACGAGGGAAACUUUUUCAUCAACUGGUUUUUAGGUUUUAUUAAUUUCAUCAUGAAAAUUUGGAUUGCUCUCCUUGUUGCUGCCUUGGCUGCGGGAGCCUACGCUCAAACCUGCUCAUGUGACACUAUGAAGUGGGCCACCUGUGAUGGAAGUCCAUGUACCUGUUCCCUCCUGAUUGGCAACAAUGUGAAACAAACACUGGACUGCAAGAGAUUGGUCCCGAAGUGCUUCUUGAUGAAGGCUGAGAUGUACAGGAAACUGAAAGGCCAGGACACCCGUACAGGAGGAAAGCCAGUGGAGACUGCCUUUGUGGACAACGAUGGCAUCUAUGACCCAGAGUGUGAGAACGACGGCAAGUUCAAGGCCAAGCAGUGCAACAACACAGAGGAGUGCUGGUGUGUCAACAGUGCUGGCGUUCGUAGAACUGACAAGGGGGACAAGAGUAUCAAGUGUGACAAGCUGGUGGAGACCUACUUUGUUCGUCUUCAGCUGACACACAAACCUGUGACAACUCCAGUGGAUACCAAGGGUUUGAAGACUGCCAUUGCUGAUGCCAUUCACAAACGGUAUGACAACUUUAACAAGGACAUGGUGGCAAAUGUUGAGUAUGAUGCUGACUCCCGCAUGAUUGUGGUGGAUGUGAAGAAGCCAAUGGGAGACCGCAAGAGUGACCUGACCCAACUGGCCUACUACAUGGAGAAAGAUGUGAAGGUGCUGCCCCUGUUCAAGGACCAGGAGAAGUUUGAGCCCACUGUGGGCGGCCAGAAGCUGGAGAUGGAAAAUAUCCUGGUGUACUAUGUGGACGAGGAGGCCCCGACUUUCACCAUGAGGCACCUGUCAGGUGGAAUCAUUGCUGUCAUUGUGGUGGUGGUGCUGGCUGUGGUUGCCGGCCUGCUGGUCCUGUUCUUCGCCAAAAAGCGACAGAAUCAGAGGUACAACAAAGCCCAGCAAAGAGAGAUGGAGCCCAUGUAAAGUCUUCAUCUUAGCGGGAAUCUAUGAAGAGUCAGCUUGUACAUCACCUUUUUGGAUAAACUUUUUUUUGCAGUGGGAGUGUGCCAUUUGUACCAUUUUACUUGAGGAAUACAGAUUGUAAAGGAACAAUCAACUUUUUUUUUUUUUUUUUUCUUAAAUGAUGAUGAUGAUGGCACUACUGGUACCGCCAUUUAUUUAUAAAUUGUGUAAAGUCUUCAUGCAUCGUCCAAUCUAUUUGCCAUAAAGAACUGUGCUUUUUAAAAUAUGCCUGGCACAUGCCACAUUUUAUUGUUAGAACUUGUUGAACGGUUUAAAUUCCACGUCAUAGAUUGUACAGUUUCUUACUUAUGUGUGUUUGUUGGAUUGUUUUUAAUAAAAAUAUAUUUUAAAAGAC